ACUCUCAUAUUUGCACCCUAUUCCGAAUCGGAUGCAAGGACCCCCGUAUCCUUUUGACGUUCAUAAGGCGGCGCACGAUCUAAAGACCGAAAUAUUGAACGGCUCACACAAAAAAAGAGCGGGUAUAUACAUAUAUCAUUGUAUCAUGACAAGACCACUGCUUUGAUACAUUAUCCCUCCGCGUCCAUCGCCUCGGAUAGGUCAUGUGGAGGGGUACGCAGCAUUUCAAGAUCAGUCCUCUUGCCCCGUAUGCAUCUCGGCUGUUGAAUGUUGCGUCUAUCGGUAUUACUGUUUUGAUAGGAAUGCCGUGCAAGGUAACCUGUCGUAGCCCGUCCUACGUCGGACAUGAAAUGUAGGGAUGCAUCGUUGUCUGAGGCAUGCUGUGGACUGCAAUAUAAAAGCGAGAGGAAAGUGUUAGAUUUCCACUCAAUUCUAUGAUCGUGUCUGUUGCGGUAAUGGCUGGCGUAGCCACCGCGUACAACCCUAUCGGCGAGUCUUGCGACACCCCAGGUGGUUAUGGGUGCUCACAGGAUGCGAGUGUUAACGGCGGGAACGCGUUCAUCUACGAAUGUGCAUCGACAGAUGAGUUCGUAUAUGUUGCAGGCUGCGGUUGCCCCACUUGCUGUGAAGCGACGACCAGCGGUGCAUACUGCACGUAAAAGCAAGAGAGGUUGUGCGUGGAAUAAUACAUGAGAGAGAUAGUGCUAGAGUCUGGUCAAUAGAUACGUCGGGUCUGAAACCAAGUGCUGUGUAAUGUCGUGAUUUAAGGCGUGAUUUCCAGUGGAAUUGUCGCCGAUCCCAAUUCGUCGUUCCUAAAUGGGCGGUCAAGGAUACUCACUGAAGUGCAUGAGAAGGCGUUGUCAAUCUGCCGUAACAGUGUUCAGCGCGGAUGCCAAAGAAUAAACGAGCC